AUGGUUGUUCUCGAUGGAUUUCACAUGAUGGUUGUUUCUCAAUAUUUUGGCCGUAUUUCUGAUUUUAUUGAGCUCUCUUUUGUUUGCAAAAAGUUUACAAACAUAAUGGAAAAGUUCCACUAUAACCCAGUCCCACUUUUAAACAACAACAUCAAUCUUUUCACACAUCUUGAAACACUAUAUUUAUACUCCAAGACCGACGACUUGUUCGAGAACAAAAAUUUCUACCGCCGAGUGUUUCUUCCAAAAAUCAAUUACAGUGAAUUUGUUCAGUUAAAGAAGAAGACGAACGUCAAUGUCGAAUGUGUUAACGUGAUGUACACAAAGGAGGAUGUGAGAAAACAUGGACUUGUACUCCCCAAAGAAAUCAACCAUGUCGACCAAUUUGCGUAUUACCAAAUCAGUAUUCCCCAAUUUACUUCAUUUGAAACUUCUUUGAAGACAAUAGGGCAAUUCGCAUUUUCGUUUUGCAAUAACAUCCAGAAUUUAUACAUCCCAAAGAGUGUCACUUCAAUUGACUCGUAUUCCUUUUACAAAUGCACUAAUUUGAAAUCCGUCAGUUUUGGUUGCUCCAUCUGUCGAAUUGGUGGACUGGCAUUCUGUGAGUGCAAAAGUCUCGUCGAUGUGAAGCUUCCAGAGAAAUUGGACAAACUCGAAGAGGUGACAUUUUCUGGAUGUGCACAACUCAAAACAAUUGAAAUACCAAAAAGUGUCACCUCAAUUGGGAAUCGCUGUUUUCUCAAUUGCACAAACCUCGAGAGUGUAGUAAUGGGUAGCACAUUAAUAACUUUUGGUGUUGAUGUGUUUUAUGGGUGUAUUUUUAAAUUGCCAACACACAUCAACAAAGAAAGGUUAUAA